AUGGAGCCCGCCCUUGCAGCACUCAAAACCAAGGGGUGUCAGAAGACCUCUGUCCCAUCUUACUUUCUAGAUAAGAGUAAAGGCAAGUGGUGGCUUUGGCUGAACUUCACAACACGGAAAGGAGCCAAGCCAAAGCUUGCCUUCAGGCUUAGCUGGGAGGCCAGCCAACGUGGUCGGCCCUGCACACCCAGCAAGGAGGAUCUAGACUCAGCAUCUGUCACGACGGACACUUCGCUUCCAGCAGGCAAGUCGUGA